CUUUGCGCCAAUCCCGCCAGAACUCCCGGAACUCGGCUUCCCUCGUCCCACCCACGCCACGGUUGCCCACACCCAAGAUGGCGGCGGGGGCGGAGUCGGCGCGGCCGUCUCUGGGCGGGGUCGCGGGGACGAGACGUGUCCGGGAGGCGGUGCCAACGCCCCCGCCCCGGCUGGUUCCGCCAGCUCGGCCCGGCGGCUUCGGGCUGUUGGGUCGGCGCGCCCUUCUCUGCCAGGUGGCGAAGGCGCCCACUCCACGUAGGCGUCAUGAGGUCCCCGGUUCGGGACCUGGCCCAGAAGGAUGGCGAGGAGAGCACGGAUCGCACGCCUCUUCUGCCAGGCGCCCCACAGGCCGAAGCCGCUCCAGUGUGCUGCUCUGCUCGUUACAACUUAGCAAUUUUGGCCUUUUUUGGUUUCUUCAUUGUGUAUGCAUUACGUGUGAAUCUAAGCGUUGCAUUAGUGGAUAUGGUAGAUUCAAAUACAACUUUAGAAGAUAAUAGAACUUCCAAGGCAUGUCCAGAGCAUUCUUCUCCCAUAAAAGUUCAUCAUAAUCAAACGGGUAAGAAGUACCAAUGGGAUGCAGAAACUCAAGGAUGGAUUCUCGGUUCUUUUUUUUAUGGCUACAUCAUCACACAGAUUCCUGGAGGAUAUGUUGCCAGCAAAAUAGGGGGGAAACUGCUGCUAGGAUUUGGGGUCCUUGGCACUGCUGUCCUCACCCUGUUCACUCCCAUUGCUGCAGAUUUAGGAGUUGGACCACUCAUCAUACUCAGAGCACUAGAAGGACUAGGAGAGGGUGUCACAUUUCCAGCCAUGCAUGCCAUGUGGUCUUCUUGGGCUCCCCCUCUUGAAAGAAGCAAGCUUCUUAGCAUUUCAUAUGCAGGAGCACAGCUUGGGACAGUAAUUUCUCUUCCUCUUUCUGGAAUAAUUUGCUACUAUAUGAAUUGGACUUAUGUCUUCUACUUUUUUGGUGCUGUUGGAAUAUUUUGGUUUCUUUUGUGGAUCUGGUUAGUUAGUGACACACCACAAACACACAAGAGAAUUUCCCAUUAUGAAAAGGAAUACAUUCUUUCAUCAUUAAGAAAUCAGCUUUCUUCACAGAAGUCAGUGCCGUGGGUACCCAUUUUAAAAUCACUGCCACUCUGGGCUAUUGUAGUUGCACACUUUUCAUACAACUGGACUUUUUAUACUUUAUUGACAUUAUUGCCUACUUAUAUGAAGGAGAUCCUAAGGUUUAAUGUUCAAGAGAAUGGGCUUUUAUCUUCAUUGCCUUAUUUGGGCUCUUGGUUAUGUAUGAUCCUGUCUGGUCAAGCUGCUGACAAUUUAAGGGCAAAAUGGAAUUUUUCAACUUUAUGUGUUCGCAGAAUUUUUAGCCUUAUAGGAAUGAUUGGACCUGCCAUAUUCUUGGUAGCUGCUGGCUUCAUUGGCUGUGAUUAUUCUUUAGCCGUUGCUUUCCUAACUAUAUCAACAACACUGGGAGGCUUUUGCUCUUCUGGAUUUAGCAUCAACCAUCUGGAUAUUGCUCCUUCGUAUGCUGGUAUCCUCCUGGGCAUCACAAAUACAUUUGCCACUAUUCCAGGAAUGGUUGGGCCUGUCAUUGCUAAAAGUUUGACCCCUGAGAACACUGUUGGAGAAUGGCAAACCGUGUUCUAUAUUGCUGCAGUUAUUAACAUUUUUGGUGCCAUUUUCUUUACACUAUUCGGCAAAGGCGAAGUACAAAGCUGGGCUCUCAAUGAUCACCAUGGACAUAGACACUGAAGGAACCAAUAAAAAAUCCUGCCUCUAUUGAUGUAUUUUUAUGUAUCAGGUAACCUCAAAGUGCCUUCAGUAUUUUAUUGUGUAAGCAUUCUCUGUUUUUUUAAUUGUAUUAGAUUUUUAAGACCUAUAAUCAUGAAAUGUCACUAGUUGCCAGAUUAAUAAAAUGAACUAUGUUUAAUUAUGAAUAAUAUAUAUGCUAGGACUUCUACUGUAGGUUCACAUACCUGCCUGCAAGUUGGGCAACACGAAGUAGGAGAGUUCUAUUGAUUUUUUAGGGCCAUACUUAAGGGAAUGAGCUGAAACAGACCUCCUAACCUUGGCUUAAUGACACUAGUUGAUAAUUCUCAGGUAUUGAUAAACACCUGUUUUUGUCCACUUUCCUCAUAAAAAUUGUCGGCUCUGACACUUAGAUCUCAAACUUUAGCAACUCCGUGGAGCUGCCAGCCACCGUAUAAUUUGGCCUGGCAACCGUACUGAGGGGAGUGUGCCCAGGCAGCUGCCAAGCACUCCCUCCUUGGCUUCAGGGCCAGAGUGCCCAGCAUUUAUCAGAGGCAGCAUCCAAGCUCAGAGCCCGUGUUCACUCUUCGGCUGGUGCCUUUCCUCUGAGGGGCUAUUAAUGUGUAAAUAAAGUCUUGAGAAGGCAGGAGCAGUGAGAUCCACUGCUGUGGUCUUGAUGCCUCCUCAAAUUUUCCCUUCCCAGCACAGAGGAAUAUCGGCUGCAUGCAGCCUGCAAAA